AUGGUGUUUCCAAUUUUACCGUUCUUUGCUGCUGGCAAGGAUCUGAAGUCGGUCACUGAAGCCAAACCUUUCAUCUCACUGACCGGUCAAGCUUUACUUGACUUGUCGAAGACCAGUGUCGAGGAAGCUGCGGCUUUUAUCGAGGAAAAUAAGUCCUACAAAUUUGUGUGCGGUCUUCUGCAGCCUGGCCACCAGGUCAGUGACGAUGACAUUGUGCGUUUCGUGAACUGUGGUAUUGCAGUUCUAUUCAUCGCAAGCGAAGAGGAGGCUAAUCGUUUGCAGCAAUUGGGGGUGCCACAGGAAAGAUUGGCCCUGGAUAAUGGUUCGGCUUACGUCAGUCAGUUCGAGAUUGUUCAAGACUUUGCCAAAGAUCGAAUCAUCGAUGCCAGCAGUCUCACUGAGUCUCAGAUGGCGCAAGCGCUGCUGUCUAGUAUCAAAACUGAUCGUGAAGACAAGCUAUAUACCACCUUGGUGGUCGACACUUACCAACGCUGUUUGGGUCUCGUGUACUCGUCCGAAGAGUCUGUCAAGAUGGCUAUCGAGAAGCAAGUGGGCGUUUACUUCUCCCGCUCCAGAAAUGAGAUAUGGGUGAAGGGUCUGACAUCCGGUAACACGCAGAAACUGGUCAACAUACAACUUGACUGCGAUGGCGAUGCCCUCAAAUUCGUUGUGGUUCAGGAGGGCAAGAAAUCUGACUUCUGCCACCUAAAUACUGCAUCCUGUUAUGGCGAAUUCCAGCACGGUCUGGUCGGAUUGGAGCAGCUACUUCGUCAAAGAAUGGAGAACGCCCCAGAAAAAUCAUACACUCGCAGACUGUUCAACGAUCCUGCGCUUUUGACUGCCAAAAUUAAGGAAGAAGCGGAGGAAUUGACCGAGGCGAACACCAAGAGCGAAGUCUCGUGGGAGGCUGCUGACCUGUUUUACUUUGCCAUGGUAAAACUUGUAGCGAGCGGUGUUUCUUUGGAGGAUGUUGAAAGAAAUUUGCACGUCAAACACCUCAAGAUCACUAGAAGAAAAGGCGACGCCAAGCCCAAGUUUGUGAAGCAGGAGGCUAAACCAGAGCCAGCUCAAGAAGCCGGGGCUACGCUCACAGGUGACAUUGAGCUUGAAGUAGUGUCCGGUAAGGACAAGGAGGGUGUUGCUGCGGCUCUCAGUAGACCAAUUCAAAGAACCUCAGAAAUAAUGCACUUAGUGAAUCCAAUUGUAGAGAAAGUGAGAGCAGAGGGCAAUAAGGCCUUGAUCGAGCUCACCAGCAAAUUCGAUGGUGUGCAGCUCGAGCAACCUGUACUGGAAGCUCCAUUCCCUGAAGAAUAUCUCGACGGUCUCACGCAGGAAAUGAGAGACGCAUUGGACUUGUCCAUGGAGAAUGUUCGUAAAUUCCACGAGGCUCAAUUGCAGAAAGAAACCUUAGAGGUUGAAACACAGCCAGGCGUUCUGUGUUCACGUUUCCCACGCCCCAUUGAGAGAGUCGGUCUAUACAUUCCAGGUGGUACUGCUGUUCUACCUAGCACUGCGCUUAUGUUGGGUGUGCCAGCUCGCGUUGCUCAAUGUAAGGAAAUCGUGUUUGCUUCUCCUCCACGCAAGUCGGAUGGUAGAGUGUCUCCUGAAGUGGUUUACGUGGCGCAAAAGGUUGGUGCAUCCAAGAUUGUUCUAGCCGGUGGUGCGCAAGCUGUGGCUGCCAUGGCGUACGGUACGGAGACAAUUCCAAAAGUCGACAAGAUUUUGGGUCCUGGCAAUCAGUUCGUUACCGCCGCUAAGAUGUAUGUCCAGAAUGAUACCCAAGCGUUGUGCUCUAUCGACAUGCCAGCCGGUCCAAGUGAAGUUCUCGUGAUUGCGGAUGAGAAUGCAGAUGCCGAUUUUGUUGCCUCCGAUCUGCUUUCUCAGGCAGAACACGGUAUCGACUCGCAAGUUAUCCUAGUUGGUAUCGCACUGAGCGAGCAAAAGAUUGCCGAAAUCCAACAGGCCGUUCACGAUCAGGCUUUGCAGCUACCUCGUGUGGACAUCGUGCGCAAGUGUAUCGCACACAGCUCCAUCAUUCUUUGCAACUCAUCCGAAGAAGCGUUUGACAUGUCUAACGAUUACGCUCCGGAACAUUUGAUUUUGCAGAUUAAGGAUGCGGCCAAGUACGUUCCCUUAGUUUUCAACGCCGGUAGUGUGUUUGUGGGUGCUUACACCCCAGAAUCAUGUGGUGAUUACUCGAGUGGUACCAACCACACUUUGCCCACUUACGGAUAUGCCAGACAGUACAGCGGUGUCAACACCAGCACUUUUCAGAAAUUUAUCACUGCUCAAAGCGUAACGCCUCAAGGUCUUGAGAACAUUGGGCGUGCUGUGAUGACAGUGGCCAAAGUCGAAGGUCUUGAUGCUCACCGCAAUGCCGUCAAGAUUAGAAUGCAGAAGCUUGGCCUAUUACCUGAAAGCUUCCAGUAA